AUGCUUACUCAGACCAACAACAUGCAGACGCAACCCCCCACUGGUGCGAUGAGCGACGAUGCAGACCGGCAGGAGCUGCAGGAGUAUCUGCGGGGGCUCGAGGAGGAGCGGCGAAAAGUGGAGGCCUUCAAGCGGGAGUUGCCGCUGUGCAUGCAACUGCUCACGGACGCGAUCCAGUCCACUCAGGCGCAACUCAAGGCCGAUGACGAGCCCAUGGACUCGGAUGACGUCAGCGAGCCCGAGCGCCCACGCGACCGCUCCCACCACUCCCACCGCCCCAUCCCCACCAUCCCCCCCCACCCUGCUCACCUCCCGUUUCCCCCCCCAUUUCGGGGAAGUCCCGCCUGGCUGUCGGAGGCUAUUUCGGUGAGAGCGGCGCAGCAGACGGGAGUGGAGCAGAGAGCUUUGGAGCAGAGGAUGGAGGGGUUGGGGCCUCCGCGCGGCGAGAGGGCGCCGGGGCGGCCGUUGCGGGAUGGCGGGGAGGAGCGUGCCGGGCCACAGUUGUUUCGCACGCCGGGCGCUUUUCUGCCGUUUUCAAGGGAGCAGCACAGCCCGCACGUCGCCCGGCCCUCGUCCCCCCGCGCCAUAACCUAUCCCCUCGCCGUCCAUCUUACGCCCGGUGGCCUCGCCGCCGGCUCGGGACAAGACCACGACGGCAGUCCAGCGUCAGUGCUCGAGGAAAGGAGGUCUCAGACGGCUCCCGCAGGCCCCUCAGACACCGAAGGCGGGCACUCCGGGGAGGGAACCGCCAUGGCCACCGACGGAACCGGAAGCACCGGGGCGAUGUCGCGCAAGCAGCGCCGAUGCUGGAGCCCCGAGCUGCACCGGCGGUUUGUGAACGCGCUGAACCAGCUGGGGGGGUCGCAGGUGGCGACGCCGAAGCAGAUCCGGGAGCUCAUGAAAGUGGACGGACUGACCAACGACGAAGUCAAGAGCCACCUCCAGAAGUACCGGUUGCACACGCGGCGGCCGAGCCCCAUCCCGACAAGCGGUGCGAGCCCCGGUCCCGGCCAGGUGGUGGUCCUCGGGAGCAUCUGGGUUCCCCCCGAGUACAACGCUGCGGCCUCGUCGGCGGCCGCGCUUUACGACGCCGCGACCGCGGCCGCGUCGGCGCCGUCCCAGGCCGGGCACGCCCCCUCGCUGGACGAAGCCCGGGGGAUCCCCCCGGGAGCCUUCCAUUCUUUGGACGAGGCCCGGGGGAUCCCGCCGGGGGCGUUCCCGUUUUUCCAGGUUGCGUCGGGGCUCCUCGCGGGACGGCACCGGCCGUCGGCGAGCAGCACGGAGAUGGACCUAGGCGUGUCCGGGAGUGGAGAGGAGGGAGGGCAAAACCAGGGGGGGUUUCUGAAAGCCGAAGUCAAAGAGGGGUCAGCGUUUGGUGCGUUCCGGGCGUUCAAGCCCCUGGGCGGAAACCAAGCGGAGCGGAAUGUCGAGGACACCGAGCCGGUCCACCGGGAGAGGCGAGCCGCGGCUGCCCCGGACGACGCGAGCGAGUCAAUGAGAGAGGAAGUACCCAAGGUGAAGCCCCCCGGGCGAGAUUUGGACGAGGAUGAGAGCAGCGAGGGGGAGGUUGUCCACCGCGGAUUUAGGAACUUUUUGCCCCCCCGGCCCGAAGCGAGCGCCCAGAAGCCGGGCUAGCUGAGCUUGAGCACGCGUUAGCUGAGGUCAAAAGUAGAACAGAGCGAUAACUUAGCUACAGCGGCUACGUCAGAACGAGGCAAGUGUACAGGUGGGCAUUGCAGCUGAGGCUCUUCUUCUGCGCUGAAGGCUCCUGCCUAGUCAAAAGUAUUGACGGGUGUCAGUGUGAUACCGCACAAAGGACGAUUGAUCGUACCUUUGAUGCACUAUCUCGAACUCUCAAUCUGCCCGGCCUUGAGGCUGGGUGACCCAAAACGGUCGUUGCGCAGGAAAUACCAGCUAUGGGCGCGGGUCCGAUGUCCGGAUCGCUACCAAUCGAUGGACUUGCAC